AUGCAUUUCCUAAACCGCACUCAACGCCUCGCCCUCCUCACCAUCCUGUUCUGGUACUCCCGGCGCCGACGUCUCCGCCAACUCGAGGAACGAGAACGAGAACUAGAUGAGGAACGGCAAGAGGACAAGCGGGAACGAGAACGCGAAGCACGCCGUCUCGCCCGCAGACAGGUCCGUAAGGCGCGGAGGCGUGAGCUGCGCAGUACUGCGGAGGAGUCGAAUGCAAACACUACUACCGUCACCGCCACUACCGCUGCUGCCGCUGAUUUCAGUGGCGAGCGGGUGCGCAGGAGACUGCUGUUUACGCCGAGCGUUACCACUGCUACCACGGAAUCGGGCAAAGAGGCUAAGGAAUUGGCUACUGUGCCUGCUUCUCCCACCGCGGAGCCCGUGUCUGCGCGAGAGGAUAGAGAGAUGUGA